GACAGGGCUGAAUGACCCAAUUUAGUUGUUGCGCAGCCCUGGUUCUGCAUUGUUUUUACGCUGGCAUUAAUUAGAAUUGUCAAUGUCGAUAGCUAGCGCUGCGCAGCCACCGUGGAUAUAUAAUCGGUCCUUCAGAUAGCCAGUCCGCAUAUAUAUUCCCGAUUUCCCGAUUUGUGUUUUUGUUUGUUUCUCUCCUCUUUUUGUUUUUUUUUUUUGUUGGUUUGUUUACCUCCUGCCCCGGUAACUAGGAUAGUUAGUAAUAUUUUGUAAUUGAAACGACAAUGGCGGAUGAUUCGGCUUCUUUGGAGAGUUCCUACGAUUUCUCCAUCGUUCAGCCCAAUGAUCACGAAUAUAGUGAGGCGGAUAUACGCUUGACGGGCAGCUCAAACGAUCUGUCAUUGUUACAGAAUGUAUCCGCUAGCACAACGAGAGGCACCGAAGGCAAGGGCCGUUUGGACAGCCUUAAAGAGAAUCUGUACAAGCAGCAGGAACGCCUUACUGCCUUAAAAGAACGCGCGUUAAGGAAAUCCCAGGAUGGUCGACGCAAGUCCAGCAUGAGUGACUCCAUGGAGUCGCUGAAGACACUGGGACAGAAGCUUACCGUGCUGAAGACGCGUGCAGGCGACUCCUCCACUCCACUGGUAACGCCCACAAAGGAUAGUGCGCCGGGGGAUGUGUCGCUACUGCAAACUAGCGGCAAUGAGAAGCUACUGAUGCUAACCCAGCGCACGGAACAGAAUCGUGCUUUAUUGGAGCAGCGCAAAAGGGAUCUGGCUAAAUCCCUACUCUCCGUUAAGUCGAAUAUUGGCCAUCAAAGUACCGCUGAGUUGGGCUCUUCCAUGACGGAUCUGCGGCAGGCGGCGUCUGCAGCCAAUCCGCCCGUAUCCCGACACCGUUCCGCCUUGGAUUUGGAAGCACAGGGUCAAGAGCCGCUAGACGACAGUCGAGUGAAGUUGCUCAGGAAUCGCAUGAAGCUGACGGAAAUUAAGCAGGGCCGUCAGGAGCAGGAGUUGCAAGAAUUGCGCACGGAACUAGCCAAACGCGCUAAUCUCAUCGAGCAAUUGGAGUUAUCCGGUGCGGAAUUGCAACGAACGCUCACUCAGCGAAAUGAGGAAUUGGAGCAAUUGCGACUAGGCCAAAUAAAAGCAGAAGUAGAGAAAAGUGAAGAGAAGAAAGAGGAGUAUGAGGAGCAGGAGGGGGAAAGCCUGCAGGAGCAGGAGCAUUCCCGCCUCCAGGGAGAGGUUAUAGUCCUAAGAGAACGACUGGCAGAGCUGGAAAGCAUUAACGAUCUGCUAGAGACGACCCGCUGUGAACUCCAAGAAGAGCUGACCACGGCACGCGAACGAGAAAGGCAACGAGACUUGGAGUUAGAACAGGAGCAGGAGAAGUCUUCCAGUAGUCCACAGUCUGAGGCAGCAUCCACCGAUGCCCAGGUGAGCGUCGAGCUGGCCAAACAACUCCAGGAGCUUACCAAUCAGCUGUCGGAACUGCAGGCCACCAACGAGGAGCUGCGUCAACAGUUAGCAGACCAAACGAAGCUCCAGGUGAGCGACGAGAGUGUUUCCCAGCGUCUUAAGGAACUAGAAGCCACUAUAGCAGCACAAUCUAAGCAGCUGGAGGAGCAGAAGUCAGCAAUGUCUGCUCAAAGUGAAGAACUCGCCGAAAAGACCACGGAACUCAAUGUGCUUAAUGUAAAUCUGCGUGUCCUAGAGGAGAAACUUGCCCAAAGCAGUCGCAGUAAACCUCUAUUCCUGGACGACCAUCUGGAGGACAGUGAGGCCAGCAAGCAGCUGCAGGUGGAACUACAGCAGUUGAAGCAGAAGCUAGACGAAUCCAACAAGGCCAACAUCAAACUAAAACUGAAGUGCAAGCAGACAGAGAAGCAGCUUCAAAAACUUCAGUCUCAGGAUGGCCAACAACAGUUGGCUACGCUGGCAGCAGAAAACGAGCUGUUGCAGGAAAGGAUCACGGUCCUUGAAGACGAGAAGGGCCAAUGGCAGUUGGCGAACAUGCAGGAGGAGGAUCGCCAACCAGAGCAAUCUCCGGAAUCCAAUCCCCUUCAGCUGGAAGCCAUCCGACUGCUUGAAGAGCAGAAAUUAGAAUUGCAGCAAGCCCUGGAGGCAUUGCAGCAAGGUCACGAAUCUGCCCGUGUCGAGUCCGAGCUGAGUGAAGCCCAGAUGGAGGAGCAACUUACCCAACGAGUUCAGCAACUCGAGCAGGAAGCCCACGAGCAGCGUCAGCAACUGGACACCCUGCAAACCGAAAAGGAAACGCUAGACAAGAAGCUGACGCACUACAUCAACGAGAACAUGGAGCUUCUAGACAAGCUGGAAAAGCUUAGUUCAUCCAGUUCGGCGGAAUCCAUCGAAAUAGUGGAACGCCAGCAACUGGAGUGCUUUGGCCAAAGACGUCCGGCUAGCGAGGGCGAUGCCCAGGAGCAGAAGCAAGUAGAUCCACCAGUUCCCAGUCAUGUGAGCGAGCUCACACAAACGGAUGAAACGGAAGAAGAAGAUACUUCUGGCGAGAGUCUGGCCCAGCUAAGAGAUCGUCUCGAACUGUUUACCCAGGAACGUGGCGAGGUACUGGACAAACUGGAGCAAUUGUCGGCGGAGAAUUUGCAACUCCAGGCUAGGCUAGACGAGAGUUCCACUUCCCUGCAGUUGUUGCAGCGUGAACGUGAAAAGGAUCUACUCUCCUCCACCUCCACUUCGUCUAAUCUCUCACAAGAACUCAGCUCAAUGCAGCGAUCCUCAGAAGUGGUGGCCACUUUGGAUGCUGGCGAGGGAGGCCCUGUGCUGUUCGAGAAGUGUGAGAAUUCUCUCAGCAAACUCAACUCCGAAUUGGAGGCCUAUCGCAAAGCCAACGAUAAACAGGCCAAGUUCAAUGUGUCUAAGAAACUGGCCAAGGAGGCCAAGAACUGUCACACCCAGUUGAGUGAGCUUCUGCAGAAGGUGAAAGAAGCCAGCACGGCGGUGGAAACUGUAACCGUUGUCGAGACUGUGGUGGCCGUCACGGCACCUAAUGGCAAGGCUCUGGCGGAAUACGAGCAACUUAAUGCCCAGAAUGCAGAACUCAAGGCAGUUAUCUCUCGUUUACGCCAGGAAUUGGAUGAAUUGAGGGAUAGCUAUCCUGAAACGGAAGCGCCAUUGGCCAUAGUCGGUUCUGACUCCCAGAAAGAAGAAGAGUUCCUGCAAUUGCAAUCGCUGCUGGAGGACGCACGGUCUUCGCAGGUCGAGCUACGGCAGCAGAUCGAGGAGCAACUUGAGCAAAUCAGGGAACUGCGUCAAAACGAAGCGGAUCAGUUGCAACUGAUAGCCCGGCAGAGUGCCGAGAUCACACAACUCCAGUUGCAGGCAGAACAAUUCGAUCAGCUGCUAAACUCCAAGGAAAUGAGCCAUGAAAAGCAAGUGGAACAGCAGACAAGAAUUCGACGAGAGCUGGAGGCACGUAGCGAAUCCCUGGAAGGUGAACUAAGCAUUCUUCAGGCUCUAGUGGCUGAGCAGAAGCAGCAACUCAUCGAAAACCUCAGCGAAAGUGAGCACACUCUUAACCUUAAGAUGCUAGAACUCCAGUCCGCCCAAGAGGAGCUGCAGGAAUUUAGGUCCAAAGAGGAUCCGGAUCAACUGAGGGAGGCUCUGCGAAUUAGCAAAAGCCUGGCUGCCCAGCAGGUCAGUGAAUUGGCCUCCAGCCAGGAGACCAUCGAUGCCUUGAAUCAGCAAAUCCAGGAGUUGUACCAAGGAGUUGAACAAGUUCGCCAGGAAGAGCAGCUCAAGAGCCGAGAACUUCGUGAGAAGCUCAAGAAAUAUGCCCUUAAUCUCAAGAAACGCACGCAGGACAAUACUGAUCUUGAGCAGAAGGUUCAGGAGCUGACUAAUCAACUACAAGAGCUACAGGAAGAGGUAAAGCAAAAAGUGGAAGUGGAACGUGAAACCAUUGUAGAUACCCAACAAGUGGAGCAGUUACAGCAACAGGUCAUCAAACUUAACGAAGAUCUCAAGGCCAAGAUCCAUGUCAAUCUGGAAAAUCGUGAUUCCCUUCGUCAACUGAAACAGCAAAUCCAAGAGCAAGAGCAACUUAUCCAAGAACGCGAUGCGGAGCUUCAAGAUGCUAGUCUGGUGAACAAGGAGUUGCGACGUGAGCGCCAAGAAGCCGAGCAAGAAGUCUUCCAACAGGGUCAGGAGAAUUCUAGGCUCAAGCAAGAAAUCAAACAGCUGCGGGAGGACAUCCAUAGUCUCGAAAAGAAACUAAGCGAAGAGCCAACGGCUAUCGAAGAUUUGCGUCGUCAGUUAGAGCAAAAAUCCAAGAAAUUCGAAAAGUCCAAGGAGUUAAUAAAGCAUCGCAAUGCCACUAUUCAAGCGCUGCAACGCGAACUGCAAGAACUACAGCAGGAUCAGGACAGCGAAGUGAAACAUGGUCGUAGCAAACGGUCUAUUCAAGAGCAACAGCAUCAGGAGAAGGAUGAGGAGAUUGCUGCUCUUCGUCAAGAGAUUGCCCAGUUGGAGAGUCAGAGGAUUAGUGUUGGUGAUGGCGCCAUUACCAAGACCUCACAACAACCAUUGGAAUCCCAUUUGCAAGCGGAAUCUCUGCGAGAGGCAGAGCGAGAACAGCAACACCUUCGUGUCCAACUGACAGCGGCCCAGGAGCAGCACUCCCUACUUGCGCAGCAGUAUGCCAGCGAUAAGGCCAAUUUCGAGAUAACUAUAUCCCGUCUGGAAACCAUUCAUGAGGGCAUUCAAGCCAAGCUACAGGAGGAUGCCUCCUACAUUGAGUCGCUUGAGACGCAGAACUCUGAGUUACAAGCAAAGACCGCUGCUCUUGAGGAGCAAGCCGCCAGCCAGGCCAAUCAGCAAGCGGCAGCUCAUGAUCACACGCAAAUAUUGGAGCAACAGCUGCAGGAACAACGCGAGCAGGAGCAGGAACAGCGCCGGCAAGAUCAGCAGUUGCAGGAGCGACUAUAUGAGUUAGGACAUAAAGAACAGGCUCAAAGUCGGCAACUAGAAUUGAUCACCGGCGAAGCAGAGGAGUCCAGGCAACAGCUGGCCAUUCUGCGAGCGGAUUACGAAUCCUUGCUGGCCAAGCAUGCACAGCUAACAGCCGACGCCCAAGCUGAACGUGAACAACUUAGCAGCCACAGUAAGGAGGAGCUGGACGAACUUCACCAAGAACUGGUUGCCAAGGAUGCGGAACUGCAGCGUCAGCGACAGGUUUAUGAUGCCAAGUUGGCCGCUAAGACCACGGAAAUCGAUGAGCUGGAGUGUGACCUUAAUAGCCAUGUGGAACGAGCAGCUGCCGAGACAAGAGAUCUUGCCCAGCAAGUGGAGCGAUCACAGGAGUUGGUAAACCAACGCACAGAGGAACUGCAGCGACUCAACGAGGAGUACCAGGAGGUAGAACGCGAGAGAUCUACUUUGAGUCGAGAAGUUACUCUGCUACGUUUGCAGCACGACAGUGCCGAGCAGGAUGUGUUGGAGCUCCAGGAGCUGCGCAUGCAGGCCAUGCAGGACAAGACCGAAAUGGACAAUCUGCGCACCCAGAUAGAUGCCCUCUGUGCCAAUCACAGCCAGGAGUUGCAAGCAUUGCAGCAGCAAAUCGCCGAAUUGGACACUCUGGGUCAAAAUCAAACGGACGAUCAGGUCUACAUUGAAACAGAGAACAAGCGGUUGGCAGAGCAACUAAGCGAACUGCAGGCCCAGCUGGCCAGACAGCAGCAGCAUCAUCCUAUUGCCCAAUCUCAGCAGCAUCCUCCACCGGCUUCCCUCUUCUUUGGCGGCGAUGCUUUAGCCGCUCCCUCGCCUUUCGAUGAGAUUGCCCAGCCGUUAAGAGUUUCAUCUCUGUCGGCAAAUGAUCCGGCGCAUAUUCAUCCACCACCUACUAUCGAGGAUCUUCAGCGAAAUGUCUCUGAUCUGGAAAAGCAUGCCCAGGAUCUGGAAACGAAGUUGCUGGCGCGCAAUCAGAGUUUGUCGGAGCAGGAGGAGCGCCGUUUGCAAAUGGAACAACAUAUUCUGGAAUUGGAGCGCCUGCUGAGAGAACGGGAUCAGCAGUUAGCCGAGACUAAAGCGGCCAACGAAGAACGCGAACGAUUGACUGCGCUGGAGAAGCUCAUCCAACCCGCGGCAGCUCCCACAUUGGACAUGUUCUUUGGGGUACAAACCGGGGAAACAGUGCCCGAUGCAGUUAGUCAUCAUUUGGAUUUGGGUCUGCCUCAAACCGAGCCAGUAGAGGAACCUCUAAUUCAGCCCAAAAAAGCGUACUUAUGCCAGCCGAAGCAGGAGCCCCAAGAGCAGACUACUCAAUCCAUUGAUUGGGGUGUGGACGAGGAUCUAUGGGCAAGUGCAGCCACUGAUGCGCCACAAACCGAUGUGGAACCCCUGCAAACGAGAAUCACCCAACUAGAAAUGCAGUUGGCGAAUUCGGAGCAGCAAAAAACCGAACUCCAGACAAAGGCAGCCAAGCUAAUGAAGCGUCUAAAGGAAUACAAAACGAAGGCAACGACAACAGCCACACCCACUGUUACAGUGGACAACGAUCUUGAUUCGGCCAUUAUUGAGGAACUGAAACACCAGCUACAAUUGCAGGAAUCCCGGCAAUCUAAAGCAGAAGAACUCACACAGCAGCACGCUCUGGAAAAAGAGAAGCUAAUGAAGCGCAUCGAUGUUCUGACUGCAGGCAACGAACGUAUGGCGGAGCUAAAGGAGCGCCAGGAUAUGGAUGUGCAGAUGUAUCAGGCCCGCAUCCGGGAGCUCCAGGAAAAGCUUAGCCAACUGGAUCAAUGGGAUGUUCCCACUGCUCCUGCUUCUUCUGCUCCACUUGCUGCUGCUGCUGUCCCUUCCUCUUUAAGCGGUGAUGAAGUGGCAAAGAUUGAGAACCUGCAAGCAGAAAACCAAGAUCUAAAUACUGAGUGCCAGGAACUCCAGGAAAAACUGAAGGAGGAGCGACGUUUUGUUCAAAUGGCCGAGGAAACAGCUGCUCAGGUCCAGGCCCAAAAUGAAACCCUUCAGGAGCAAUUAAAGGAGCGUCUGCAGGAGGUAGAAGAGUUGAGACAGAGUCAGGUCAAUGUUGAAGAGUUACAGGCUCUGAAAUUGGAGGUGGAGUCUCUCAGGCAGCUACAGGGCGAAGUAGUUCAGCUGAGAAGCCUCCAGUCCGAGGUGGAACACUUAAGGAGCCUCCAGGCCGAACUUGAGCACUUAAGAAGCAUCCAGCCUGAAUUGGCGAAUUUGAGGAGCCUCCAGCCUGAAGUGGAGCAUUUGAGGAGCCUUCAACCUGAACUGGAACACUUAAGAAGCCUUCAACCCGAACUUGAGACCUUAAGAACCUUCAAGUUGCAGCAGGAGCAUUUACAAAGUCAGGCAAUUCAAGAAGACCAUCUGGAGUUCCAAAAAAUAGAACAGGAACACCUGAGGAACCUCCAGGGCGAAGUAGAGCAGCUGAGACACCUGCAAACGGAAGUGAAUCAACUUAGAAACCUUCAACCAGAAUUGGAACAUCUGAGAUCCGUUAAACUGCAGCAAGACAACCAGCAACAGGAGCUCCAGCAACUGCGUCAGCAACUAAUCGAACUGGAAUCAUUACGCACACAGGACCUAGCCGAAUUGCAGGCACUGCGUCAGAGUAGCCAAAGUCACGAAUCCCCGGUGGAUGUUGACUCUAGGAGUGAUGAGCAGAUGGCCCAAUUGCAGGAGAAGGAAGCAGAGAUUGUGCAUUUGAAGCAACGCAUCGAAGAGCUGAUGCGCGAGGACCAAACAGAAAAACUUGUCUUCGAGAUCCUAACCAAAAACCAGGAGCUGCAUUCACUGCGCAUGCAGGUUAAGCAAUUGGAGGAGGAUAGAGAGGAUCACAAUGUGUCCGCUGUCCCUUCAACAGCCGAUGGAGAAUCCGUGGAACAGCUUCGUGUUCAGUGCCAACAGCUUCAGCAAGAUAAAGCAGAUAUGGAGGAAGAGCUGCGCGUGCUCAACAACCAUGUUCUCAGCAGCUUGGAGCAGGAGGAUAAAAUAAAGCAGACGCUGCUCCAGCUGGACACUAAAAACAUUGAGAUCACCGAAUUGCGCCGCUCUCUGGAAGUCCUGCAAUCCCAAAAUCAAGGCCAGAAUUCUGCGUCACAGCAAAUUCCUGAUCUAACGGCCAUUAAUCAGCAGUGGGAACAGUUGGUGGAGCAAAAGUGCGGCGAGGUGGCCAGCAUUUGGCAAGAACAUCUAGCUCAACGAGAGGCUGCCUUCAAGGCGCAGUUGGAGGAAAUUACCCAACAGCAGCAGAAGGAACAGCCUCUGGGUCAGCAAUCUAUGCAGCAAGGUGAAGUCUCCAGCGACAUAAUGAUAAAGAUGCAAAAGGCAUUGGAAACGCAGGAAAUGGAGAUUGUGACGCUAAAAGAGCAGCUGGCCAUUCGUUCGGCUGAGUAUGCUCGUCUAGCCGCCCAAUACGAUCCCUUCCGGCUGCAGAACCGUGGAGGAUCUGGUGGUAAUCAGUCUUCGGUUGCCAUCUCAGCUGGUGGACCACCACCAUUAACUGCAAACGAACCACUGCCCGAGUAUGUGCUCAAAGCUGAUCUGGACUAUGCACUAAUGAUGCUUCACCAACGGGACAUGCGUGUCGAGGAGAUGAUCGUGGAACUCGUACAACUGCUCGAGGAACGUGACCACCUGCAGCUGAAGUUAUCGGACACGCUGCGCCAGUUGGAAACCGAGAGGAGUCGCGUCAGCGAUGAACCAGCCUGUGCCACAGCAUCUUCAUCAGCUGCCUCGGGCAGCAGUCCCAGCAAAACCAGCAGCGCCGGCAGCAGCAGCGAGCUCCUGGGAACCACAGCCAGUGCAGCCGGCAGUGACCUCAAGCAGAAGCUCGCUGAGCUGCAGACGGUGAAGCAUUCCAAGGACAAGGCUAUCGUUGACGAGCGAGAGCAGCGAUUGCAGCAGAUGCUCCAGUUGCAAAAAGACAUGGCCAAGCAGGGAUCUGGAUCCCAAACAGGAUCAGUAGCAACAGCAACGACAACAGCAGCAGCACCGGCACCUAUUGGCGUGGAUCUCUCUCAAUCAGGUCUGCGCUCGCCAUCGAUGAUGCUGAUGGAUUGGAUAAUGGGCAAUAACAACAAGGAAGAUGAGGCGGGCAACCAGAUAUCUGGCUAACCCAUUACCAUUUCCCGGCGAGAACGAUGACUACUAACAACCCCAAUAACCGUGGACUCCUACGCUCCUAGCACUUUAAUUACGAAUCAUAAACUUUAACUUUAAUUCUGGCCUUCCUUGCGCGGACAAUGGCGAAUUAGCAUUAAAGUUCUUUAUACGAUAUUAUGUACCUUGGCUAGCUGAAAGGCUCUGCCGAAUUCCCGAUUUGUUCCAAACGCGUACGUUUUAUGUUGUAGAUAUGUAAAAAAAAAUGUAUAAAACUAAACGAAAUGAAACAAAGCUGAAGAAAAAAGAUGAAAAUUUAAGAAUUAAACCAAAAUGUAAAAAAAAAAAAACAGAAAUGUGUUCUUAAAUGAUUUACUUUUCAGAUCAGAAUCUGAAUAUAUAACUAUAAUCACCAAAACCAUUAUCCAACCAUCGCGUUUGUUUUUCGUUUUAUUUAAAUUUAUUCAAAUGAUAUUUCAUGUUUAAUUAACAAUGUUUCAUUUUAUUUUUCCUUUGAGAAAAAAACACUUAGUUUUUAAGAUUCAUGCUGUAAAUAUUAUAAUUGUUGGUUUUCUUGUUUGUGUUGUGAUCUCCUGCCUCUCCCGAUCGAGCUCCUACAUCGUCUGUGUGACAUCCUAUAUCUUUCUUUUAUUUUUCGGCUACUUUGCGAGGAGACUUUUUGGGCUGUGUGUGUGUGUGUGUGUGUAUGUUGGUUGAUUUCAAUUAAAUAACGCAAUUGAAUGUUUUUAAUGUAUCGAAACAAUUGUAUGUUAAGUUCCGUUUCCACAUUUUAUUAUUAUUAUUAUUAUUAUUAUUAUUAUGUUCAUAUAUAUUGUUUUUUGUUUUCUUUUUGCUACAGCUGACAUCAAGUACAUUUUGCUUAUGAUUUGCUUGACUUUUUCAUUUAAUUUUUAUUUCCACUUUUCUUUUUAAUUAUUAUUAGUUUCCAUUUUGUAUUUCUAGUUUAAACAUUUAAAUACGAGUUUCCACAUGCCUAUGAAAAUACAGCGAUCAUGCAUGUCGGCGAAUAUAUAUUCUUGUAUAAAUCUAUAUACCCUUUUUUCAAUGCUUUGCAAA